AUGUUCCGCCAGUCCAUCGUCAAGGCCACGCGCCCCGCGACCCGCGCUUUCGCAACCACUGCCCGCGCCAUGGGUGCCGGUGAUACCGGUGCCGUCCGCCCAACUGGACAAACUGAUGCGUUCCAGAAGCGCGAGAAGGCCCAGGAGGAUUACGCUAUCCGCCAGCGCGAGAAGGAGAAGCUCCUGGAACUCAAGAAGAGACUUGAGAAAUCGCAGGAUCACAUCAAGAAGCUCGAGCAGGAUAUUGAUGAGUACACCAAGAGCCAGGGCGGCGAGCAAAAGAGUUGA